CGGGAAAAGAGAAUCGUCGGCUUGCUUGGCGCUGGCUGUGGUUCCAUCUCUUCUGCCGGUCAGGAUCGGUAUCGUCGGCCCUCCAGACUGUGAAAAUCCAAGCGAGAUCAGAAUGAGCAAUGGCGUCCCGGGCAGCCAUGACGACGAUGUCCGCGCACGACACAACGCCAGGGCAGGAGGCCUCGAGCACCGACUUAAUCCGGUCGAUGGCGUCCAGUCGCCGGAUUCCAAAGUUGUUGGAGGAGGCGAGCUCGCUGGUGGUGACCGGCGAGAAGGAUUGAUUUUUGGUGGUGGCGAGAAGGAUGGAUCCAUCGCAGCCCUGGACUUGGCAGUCGUGGAAGACUAGGCGGACCAGCGCAGCGGAGAGAGUUGGAUCGAGCAGGGUCAGUCGCUGGACUGUGGAACGUGUCAUGGAUUCGGCGUUCGGACAACUCUGCUGAUAGAAUCCCGGGGUCAGGCCUCCUGCUGCUGCAUCCAUCACCGGAACAAGAACUGGAAGCAACAGGAGCAGCAUUGAGAUUCUUCCGGCCAUCGAAAGAGAUCCGAGUUAAGGAAAAAGAAAAAAACACAAAGUGGAAGUGCCUGGAGCGAUCAACAGCAGGCUAGCCAGUAUCAGAAUUAAAAUUCCGCUGGGCGAGCUUUGAUAAUGGCAGUUGAAGCAGAUGAACCAGAUGUUUCCACGCACAGGAUUAAAACUCUCUUUGUGCGCUAAAAAUGAAACUAUCUAUGGUGGCAAACUCGAGCCUUGAAGCAAGGCUUGAUUAAUGUGAACGAUGGAAAGAUGAAGCACCACGUUUGCUAUUACAGCGGCAUUUCUUCCUUGUUUGUCUGCUAUCCGCUAUCUCGAUCUUUCAAAGAGUGAAGAGCGAAGGGUGUUGACCUGGUUCUUUCCCACACGUUUCUGCAAGAUUUAGUUGGCAUCAACAGCUGGAAGAGAUGAUCACUCUAGUGUCUGAGAUGGUUGGGGAAGCACAGGCUCAUCAGAUUGUGCUCAAGGCAGCGAAGGAGGUCGAUGUUAUAAUCGCCAUCAUCAAGCAGGCAAUGUUCCAUGGGGUGACAGUGGGCCUAAGUAUCAGGCCAUUCUUGACUUGCGCAGCGAUCCCGGAGAAAGAACUUCUGAUAGCUGGCUUGAAGAAAGGCCUGAUCAAUCUGGACGAUGGAGAGAUGACGCACUGUGUCGGCGAAUACAGCAUCGCUGAUGCGUUCUUUGUGCUUGCAACCAAAGCCUGCUAUCCGCUGCCUCAAACUCUCGAAGAGCUGCUAAGCUUUACCUCCAAUGUUUCAGAGAUGGUAAAGUUUGAGGCGUUUUGUAAUCUUGUGGAGCCUGAUGAGGAGACAUCCAUAGCCAUGGCCACGAGCUUAUCCAACAAGAAAAUGAUGGGAGAAGCUUUGUUUAUAUUGAACACACACCUCAAAUCUUCCAAGUCACCCGAAGUAACUAUACUCGAAGAUACAGUUAAAGGGAAGUGGUGAUUCCCUCGUCUUGGACGGAAUGAAUUUAAAUCUACUUUUUUUU